CUGGCAGCGUAACAUCUGUGCGUACGCGGUCGUGAUUGUUGUGAAGAUGGCGGAGGGGGAGACAGAGAAGGAAUAUGACACACGGAAAGCUAUCGAGGAGCUCCGAGAGCGGUUCCAGGGUCUGACCACAGCUUUGAAAGAGAGCUCGCAGCCUCCAUUGGAAGCCACCCUGCAUUUCUGCCAGGAGUUUUGCCAGGUUCUGGUAGAACAUGCAGGUCGCUGGAAAACUGAUGAGAAUCCACUGCCCUUGCUGGAGGUUUACACUUUGGCAAUCCUCAGCUUUGCUAAAGCCACCUCCUGUCUCUCCUCCGAAUGUGAAAACGUGCCACUCCUACUUGAAAAGUUAGCACUGAGCUGUGCGGAGCUGCUGCUCUUACUGCCCCAGCAUGUCCCUGGUGCCUUAUGGGAGGAGUUUCAGUCCUCCAUGAAGUUGGCACACAGCCUUUUGCAAGAAAGUGGGAGCACACAGCUCUGCCUGCUCUCAGUUCUGGCACAGCAGGACGGCGUCUGGUCCAACACCACAUUAAGCAGUAUCCUGUCCAAUCAAAUUCCUCAAACUGAGCAAGUCCAUGAAUAUCUUGAGAUGGAAGGUCCCGCGCUUCUUAACAUGCGAAUAAAGCACCUUAUCAAAGUGGACAGUGUUGAUAAAGCUGCUGUCCUUGCAAAGAUGUGCUCAGAGUAUCCGGGAUAUGAAGGAAAAGGGAACUUCAAACAGACCUACUUGCUUUGCAUCUGCAUGACAAAAAAUCAGGAGCAGCUAAUGGAAGAGAUUGCAUCAAUAGACUGUAAAGAUGCUCUUGAAAUGAUCUGCAACUUGGAGUCAGAGGGAGAUGAGAAAGGAGCUCUCUGCUUGUGCACUGCCUUUCUCAAGCGACAACUUCUCCAAGGAGACGUUUAUUGUGCCUGGGAACUCACGCUGUUCUGGAGUAAACUACUCAUGCGUUUAGAGUCGUCUGCUGAUUCAUUUCUUGGCCGCAGUAAAGAGAUGGCUCUUCUCUGCAGAAGUGUCUGUCACAUUCUGUUUCUCAUCAAAGUAAUCCAAAAUGAGGUUGGAGAGGUGGGGCUGCCAGUGUGCGUAGAAAUGUGCAUCCAAGCUCUGAAAAUGACCUCCAGUGACCAUAAAGACAGCAAGUCUACCAUCUGCAAGACUAUUUCCUGCCUCUUGCCAACUGAUCUAGAGGUUAAGCGUGCAUGCCAGCUGACAGAGUUCCUCCUCCAGCCUACUGUUGACUCGUAUUAUGCUGUGGAGUCACUGUACAACGAACCUGACCAAAAGCCUGAGGAGGACGGGAGUCUACCAGUGCCCAAUUCUUUACGCUGCGAGUUACUGCUGGCCUUGAAGACACAGUGGCCUUUUGAUCCAGAGUUCUGGGACUGGAAAACACUGAAACGCAACUGCUUGGCACUGAUGGGCGAGGAGGCAGCUAUUGUGUCAUCUAUUGACACACUCAAUGACACAGACGAACAGGAGGUGGAAAGUGCUCUUGGCAAACUCCCUGAAUACAGGGACCUGGAGGAUUUUCUGUUAACCACUACAAACGAACUCAAUGAAAUCACAGAUGAAAGAGAGAAAAACAGAGAGGCUAAAAAACUUCGGGAGCAGGGUUUUGUGUCUGCUCGGUUCAGAAAUUGGCGAGCCUACAUGCAGUAUUGUGUUUUGUGUGACAAGGAGUUCUUGGGUCACAGAAUUGUUCGCCACGCUCAGAAGCAUUUCAAAGACGGAGUGUACCUUUGUCCAAUUUGUGCUGACAGUUUUGAAAGUAGGGAGGUUUUAGAACCACACGUAGCAUCACAUGUAAAGCAAUCUUGCAAAGAGAGACUAGCUGCAAUGAAAGCUGCAAGGAAGGUAACCAAAUCACCUCAGUCCCCUAAAAGUCCAACAAAAAUGUCAAAAGUUGCUGCCAAGACAAACUUGAGCCCUGUUAAAAUUGAAUCUCAAAUUGGUGACCAGUUGGCAUCCCAUGUUAAAAUAGAGCAAACAACAUCUGACACGCAGAUAAGUCAAGACUGUUUCUGUCCUGUUAAAAACUGUUCUAAGGCUUUCAAGUUUUUCCGUAACCUCAUGGCUCAUGUCCGGUCUCACAAGGACGACGAAGAGGCCAUGAGGUUUUUAGAGAUACAAAAACAGAAAGUGGUGUGCCAGUAUUGCAGAAGGCAGUUUGUUAAUGUCAGACAUCUUAAUGAUCAUUUGCAGAUGCACUGUGGCAGCAAACCAUAUAUCUGCAUACAACUUGAUUGCAAGGCCAAUUUCAAUUCUAAUUCUGAGCUUCUCAUGCACAGAAAAACACACCCAGAAUUCAAGGCCCAGUGCAUGUUCCCAAACUGUGGCAAAGUUUAUAGUGAGGCCUACCUGUUGUACGAUCACGAGGCUCAGCAUUACCUUACCUACACCUGUCAAACAGACAACUGUGGUAAAAUAUUCUACUCACAGUCUCAGUUCUUGUCUCAUCAACAGAAUCACAGUACAAAUGAUGCAGUGCACAGUUUUCCUGUUACAAAUCAAAACCCUCUGUCUGCUGCAGAAGUACACCCACCACCCCAGAGCACCCCAAGCAAAGAGGACACAUCUUCCGAGGUUGUUUGCCCUGAAAGAAUUAAUACAGACUUUUCCAUGACGGAAGCAUCAAAAGCAAAUGCAUCACCGUGUACAUCGCCAGAGGCUGCUAAAGAGCCUGCUCCUCUGAAAGUAAAACACUCGAUUGAAAGCAUGCUGAAUUCAGUGGCAAAUCCUGAACUAAAAGAACCUGAGAAAUGUUACACUCCACUGACCAACACUACCCCUGUACCAGCUGAUGCAAAUCCACCACCGGAAGCUCCACAUGUGCACCCAAAUGUGGCUGGGCAAAGCAAUAUGCCUCCAGUUUAUCCUGUCCCCAGUGCAACAAAUCCUGUGGCAAGUCAGCAGGAAGAAGGGCAUAAUAAUGUACAAGGCAAUGAAUUUCAGAAAACGAUACCACAAAUAAUUUCUCCAAGUCAAAUCAAGACAGAAAUUCCUUGUUCUCUGCAAGGAUAUCCUUCCAGCACACCCGCUGUCGCUGCUGGCAGUGAAGAGAACCUGCAUUGCUGCCCAUUUAGUGAGUGUACAAGGGCAUACAGUACAAACAAAAGUCUGUCUAGACAUGUGAAGAAGCAACACCCUGAAAUAUUUGAAGAUUGGAAAUUAGCCAAGAAAUAUAACAAAGUGGCCAAAAUUACAGCAAAAAAGGCACCGAGUGCACCGGUUAAGUCUCCAAACCUGGGGAACAGGCCCCCAAAUCAGCCAGGGAUACUAUGCAACAAACCUGGGAUGCAGCAAAUGGAUUACCCGAUGGGAUGUUCAACUUCACCUGCCCAAUGUUACCCUGCAUCAAUGGAGCCUGUGCCGAUCACUCCAAUGGUAAACCCUACUUUGUACCCAUGCUGGGGAAGCCAAAACAAUUCAAGUGGAAUGAUGCAGUCAGACAUGUCUCAGUCAUGGUCUUCACCACCUAUGAAUAACUGCUAUCCAGAUGCCUUUAACAUGAAUGAGUACCCCUCCCGCAGCUAUCCUCCCUGGCAGGCAGAACCGUAUCCAACCACAUCGUCUCUCCCAUCUGAUAGAGAUCAUUCAAUGGCAGCUAUACACAGUCCCUCUGUGUCACAUGCUCCUUCAGAUUCGAGUUUGAUGUCUCAGUAUGUGUCCAGUUCUCUAAUGCUUGACAAUGGGGGGCAAAUGCAUAAUGGAGGACAUCAGUAUGGACUUAUGCAUUCUGAGGGUACUGGAGAAAAUGUAGAUGUGAGAAAAAGCAGUUCAAGUCUGACAGGACAACUGGAUAAUGGAAACAGUAUCUCAACAAUUGACAGCCUUCCUGAAGGAAGUUACCACACUCCGUAUGAUCAGAGUGAGAACUCUUGUCUUACUCAGUGCUCAUCAGUUGAUAUUCCCAUGAAAUGUCUGAGCCCAGAAGCUCAAGUUCCAUUAAAACCUACUAAUGUAGUCAUUAAAACAGAGAAUAUGUCAACUCCUGGUUAUGAACAGAUGGACAACUCUGUGGAUGGCAUGCUCAGUCCACACAGUGCCAUUCAUACUGAUUUCACAUACGAUGAGGAGUGUUCUAAUGCUGACUGUGACACUAACCCAUUAGAUGACAAGGCCAGUGACACCGAUGCACAGAAAGGAAAACGCAGCAGACUGAGCAAGCGUACCAAAUGGCCGGCUAUCAUCAAGGAUGGCAAAGUCAUCUGCAGGAGAUGUUUCAGAGAGUUCACAAGCACCAAAUCUCUUGGUGGUCACCUAUCUAAACGUUCACAGUGCAGACCUUUAGAUGAAAUUGACUUGACAGCAGAUCUGCCAACAUCAUUUCUUGAUUUCCUCAAUGACCCUCAUGUCCCUGACACUAAUGGAGCAAUAUACAACAUGCCAAAUGGUGAUUUCUCACAGGAAUCUUGUAGCUUGACCACUUUGACCUCACCUAUGGUGUUGAAACAGGAGCCCCAGAAUACAAAUAUAAUGGACUAUUCAAACUCCUUCUCAGUUUCCCCUGAAAACCAGCAAGAGAAGGCAGUAGAUUUGGCUAAUCCAGCCCUGACUGUACCUUAUCAGGAGGAUCACCUAAUGGAAAUUUCACAUGCCUUUCAAAGGUUGGAUUUGAUUGAGGCUGCCCAAGAGAAGAUGCGGAACGCUAUGUCUUUAGAGCAAAAUGUCAGUCAUUGUAAUCCAAUCCCCAUUGUGGAAAAAAGUAAAAUACUGAGUAAAAGUGAUGACAAGCCCACUGAAAAGAUAUCUAAACCUUUUAAGUGUGACCAGGAUGAUUGUGAGUACUCAUUCAUGACAAAGGAGGCACUGUUCAAACACUUGAGUAAGAUGCAUGAUUAUUCUCCUGAGAUGAUAGAAGAACUAAAAAGAACCCCAUCCAAACUGUCUCCAUAUCCCUGUCAGAUUUGUCCAAAAACAUUCACAAGAACAACAGGACUGAGAAUUCACUACGAAAAAGUGCAUCGUUUGUCGAAGGUAGAAAUGCAGAAGCUAAGGAUCAGUGCUCGAAAUAGACGUGCAUUCAGGUUAAAUAAAGAUGAGACAGCGAUUAAACGUCCAACCUCUGAUGCCAAUACCAGUCGCACAGUGCAGCCUGCACCUGUAUUACCUCCUAUAAAACAAGAACCACUUGACAUUGCAAUUGCACCUCAACCAGACAAUGAAAACAAUCCAGCUGUUACUCAAAUCAUUUCAGGAGAUGCAGACCAACAGGGCUUGACACCUGAAGUAUUAACUGUUACACGACUACCAUCACCUCAAAACUACUUGACUGAAAGGCCGUUUGGGGAAAUGGCUCCUCCUGUUCCUGAAAAAGAUUCAGAGCAACAAAAAGUGACUGUUACUAACAGGAGUCCAGACAUGAAACUGAAAUCGAGUUUGAAAGAGAAACUCAGCCCUGUUGGCAAAGCAAAGGGGCCGCAAGGAAGAUCAGAUGUGUCUUUGAGUAAAGCAAAAGAGACAAAGUCCUCGAUUGCAUCUCCUUCAUCCUCCCCAGAAAAACCCAGCAGCUCCAAAAACACACCAACGAAGGAUGAGAGGAAAGACAAACUUCAGAAAAGAUUAAGUCUGAAAAUGUGUGAUUCAGACAAUGCCUACAGUCCAUAUAGACCAUAUCGCUGUGUUCACGAAGGAUGCACUGCAGCAUUCACCAUCCAGCACAAUUUGAUUCUUCAUUACAGGGCCAUGCAUCAGGCAUCCCUGCCUGCUAGCAAAACUGAAACGGACACUGAAAAGCCAGCUGUUAAUAAUGCAAAGGAGAGCAAUCAGAGCAUAGGAAAAGAUAAUGAAGUCAGAUGUCAAGUGAAAAACUGUUCAAGAGUGUUCAUGGGAAUCACCAGGUUAGUGCAACAUUACCUCUUACUUCAUAAGUUCACCCGUGACAAAGCCACAUCCAUGAUGGCCAGCAUGACCAUAGGGACGUUUAACUGUGACCGGCCAGAGUGCGCUCUCCCCUUUAACUCUGUGGAAAAUUACAUCGAGCACAUAAAGAAUUACCACAAGGAAAUCGCCAUCUCUGAGAGCGGCUCAGUUGAUCCAACUUUCCGGUGUGAGUAUGAGGGAUGUGACCGUGUGUACACUACAAAAUCAAACCUCCUUCGCCACCUGAUCAAAAAGCAUGAUUAUGUCUAUGAUCCCAAAACAAGCGACGGAAGAAGGACUAAGUCCAUAGGGCUCUUCCCAGGGGUUACCAAUGGGAAAGAGAAUGUAGAAAACAAAUUCAAAAUGAAGAAGAAAAACACUAAAAAGAAAGAUGGGAAGUCCAUUGAACACUGGACUAGUUUUGGAAAGCCGACACUAAAAUCACACGAAGAGGCGUCAGCCAUGUGCACCAAGAAAUCUGCCCUGCAGUACCCAUGCAUGAUCAUAGGCUGUGAUGCAGUGGAGCGGGCAGAAAGAAGCAUAUUUAAGCAUUACACCACUCAUGGCCUCACGGAAAGAUACAUUGAAGACCAGAGAAGUCAGUUCAUUUUCUGCAAAAAAUACUCACGCGCCAGAUGCAAAGAAGCAAGCAAAACAGAGGGCGCUUCAAGUUCAUCCUCUGAGGAGACUGAGCCAGAGGAAGCCGAAAAGCCCAGUGACCAGAAACCAGAUGAGUCGGUGGAAAGAGUAGGCCAAGAGGACAGCAAACAGUCCAACGAGGAUAGUGCAGAAUCUCAAGCUUCCACUGGGACAGAGGUGGGAGCUAAAAGAGGCCGUCCCAGAAAACCUGCACAACCCACACCAGCCUGUCCGGAGAGGAUGCAGACACUGAGGAACCGUGCGACUGUUAACAGUUCAAGAGAGAACUCAAAUCCUGGUACCCCCACAGCCCAAGAACAACGUGAUGACGGGGUUAUGCCAGGGUCUUUCAAGCCUUUAGGACUUGAGGACUCUUUCCUUAAGUUUUUGGAAACCUCAGAGUCAACCCAAUCUUCCAAACGCAAAUUAAAUGAUAAAUCUAGUGCUGAACUGCCGCCUAAAAGACAGCAAACAUACAAAAGGAAAUCUGUAAUGAAAAGUAAAAUAACUGAUGAAUUAAGAGGCUAUGAGAAUCUUGUAGACUUCAGAAAUCCCCUAAAUCUCAAAUCUGUGAGUAAUGUUAAGAUUGUCAUGGACAAAACAUUUUCAGACGGUGCUGAUCUUUUGCUGAAGCAGCUACAACACAUGAGGCCCAUAGUCAAAAUAAAAAAGUGGCUUUACAGCGGAUCAUAGCCCGGUAUUUUGUUUUCAACUCAAUCUUACUCAGGAUUUGAGAAGUUAUGCUGCAGAAUGGUUUGUUUGAUAAUUCAUCAGAUUUCCAACUGUUAACAGUCAUGGUCACAGUUAACGAAGAAAUGGCCUAUUUUGUACUUAAUGAAAAAAUGUCUCGGAUGAUUUUAAGUAUGUAUGUUAGUUAUAAUAACCAGGUAAUCUAUAGGGCAUAGAUUUUAGAAACAUGUUUGUAUUUAUGCUUAGUACUGAAGAUGUUUUUUUUUCUUUUGCUAAAUGGAGACUUUUAAAGAAAACUAUGUUUUUAUAUAUCCCUAUGGGAUUUCAAGUUCUGUUUGUAUUUAUUUUAUCCUUUUUCAACACUAGUAGACCUAUCUGUAAUAUUUACAUGUCUUCCACAAAGUGUUCAAUAAAAUGUUACUGGUUCUUUUGUAAA